AUGGAUGAUCUGCCUUUCGUCAGCAUGCUCCGCAUCUGUAAGAUUUCGGGGCAGGAGCUGCCUACUCUCAACAUUCAGAACAUCUCUGACAUACGCGACUUGAAGCGUGAGCUGCGCGAUCGGCACAGCUUCCCGGUUUGCCUGCAACAGCUGCUGCACAAAGGCAUUAGCUUGGAUGACUUGACCAAGCUAGAAUUGCUACAGGAUGGCAGCAGAUUGGAUGAUUCAGCGCCACCAGACUCCUUAGAUGCUUCAAUCCACCUGCAGCUUGUCCUGUCUACGGCAUCCACAGAUGCGGAGCUGGAGGAGACUACGGCGCAGAAGACAGAUCCAGAGCAUGGGUGGGUAUUGGUGAGUGAAGCCAUACGAGGAAGGUCCUCCUGCGCGCAGCGGAACAUGGAGGAUCAUGUCCGGAGGGAAGGGCAAAGCAUUGAUUCAAUCAAGUGCCAGCAACGCGUCGCUGCCAGCAAGUCGCUGCGGUUCGAUCCCUUGGAGCAGCUGGGCACACCGCGCCCCCUCGCAGCCAUUGCAGCAAAGAGCUCCUUCGCCUUGUCUUCCCAUCGGAAGCUCUUGCUGGACCAGGCAGCGGACGUAGUUCCAUGCACAGAGUACCAGAUUCUGAAUGCACCUGGUAACUCCCAUGUCAACUUGGCUGCCGUGGCGCGUGCCGUCUCCAUUCCCUUCGGGCCCCCAGGUACACCAGUUAACGCCAGGUCUCCAGCCCAUAAUCGGUCUGAAGUCCAUGCCCAGAGUAUGUGGGUGGUUCAGCGAGAGGUCAGUAGCCCUACGCGUCGGUCACCGGAAGGAACACCUGUACACCACGCCAGAACGCUGCCGGCAAAUCUCGGAGUUGAUGACAAGGGCACUGGGCUGAUGGCAACCCGAUUUGGUGGUGAGCAGGAGAGCGAUAUGCUGGAGAAGCUUGGGGACAAGUACAAGGACGCUCCUGUGGCGGAUCCAGAAACUGCCCGCGUUCAGCUGGUGUCACUGGGCAGCUACUGCGGCCCGAAGCUAUCCUUCCAAAAGAUGGGCCGCGGUGCUGAGACGCUGCCCUUUGACUGGAUCCGCACGAGGAUGAGUGGAAUUCUUCGAUUUUUGCGAAGCAACUUCGAAGGCUUCUACGACUUCACCACCCAACAGAGGGUGCCAGAAACAGGCAGCAUGAUGGUCAUGUUUCGCGGCUACCACCACUCCUUCUGGCAUGAUGAUCCGACGGAGCCAAAGAUGCAUGAGCGAUACAACCGGCGCAUUGCCCGCCUCUUCGACAUCAACUCGGUAGUGGCGCGUAGCAUCACGAGCAGCGCUGUGAAGACAGAUGACUGGGUCAGGCCAGUGCUUUUUGUGCGCUCCAUCGUCUCAAACGAGGAAGUGCUACAGAUACCGGAGCUCAUGGUGGAACUGCGGAAGCACUUCGGGCAGAGUGCCCGGCUGCUCAUGGUCUUGGAGAGCCAGAGACGGUUCAAUGGUCCAGCUAUCGUGAUGGAGGAGCCCGGGGUCUACCUCUACUACCUCAGCUGCGACGUGCAUACCAAGGACCAUCCCGACAAUGCGAUGCCGUAUGCCCGGCCCACGCAGCAUGCGCUGGACUGGUGCAUUGGCCGUGAACCCACGUGCGAGAUCCGGCGCAUGCACACUUUGCAAGAUGCUUUCGCCAUCUCGGAUCCUUAUCCAGGAGGAAUGCAAGGCAUGGGAGGCCUGAUCGCCUUCGAGGAGUCCACGCCAGAGACCUCCCCCGCUGGCAAUGAGAAUGCAAUGCCGAUGCAGGACGUUGGCAACGCCAGUGACCCUGGCGCUAAAGUCAUGUUUCACGCACAGACUGCAAAUGCAGUAGCCGCGUGCAGCUAA